AUGGUACGACAACAGGUGCUGGUCUGUGGUGACGUAAAUGGUCAGUUCAAAGCGCUGGUGAAACGAGUCAGUGAAGUCAACGAUAAGCAUGGACCAUUUGUGAUGCUAUUUUGUGUUGGCGAAUUUUUUGGCACUGAUGAUGAAACGAAUCGAAAAAUUAUCAGCGGAGAUAUCACAAUGCCUUUGCCUACAUAUAUCUUAGGUAUACUGAAUACGGCCGAUGGCUUACAAGUGGCAUAUCUGAGUGGCGUUGAAGGACCGCAGUCUUCUUCGUUUCAGGUAGCCUAUCUUAAAGAUUUUUUUCUACCAGCAAGCAAAAUAUGGGGUAAUUGA